GAACAAGUGAAAAACGGCGAGGAAAAUCAGCGAAGCCUCGAACUUCUCCUCUAGUCGAGGAGAAAGGGAGGCCGCGUAUGCCGCACGCUCUCCCGGUGCCCAGCACAAAAGUGUGUGACUUUGACCUCGUAGAAAAGACCUCGCGUUCUCGCCUCUUCUUUACGACCUUUCGUCUCUUUUCACCAUGCUCUUUCUCCUGUCUUGGGUACCUGAAGUCUUCGUCGGACCUCAGUCCCCGUCCGCUGUCUGCGGCUGCAUGCUCUUCUGCCCUGCAAGGAGAAGCCGCCUUUGCCGCCACUCCGGAAAUCCGUGCUCCUCGCAGAACGAAAAACGGAGUUGAGCUGUUUGUCUCUCCAAGACCUUUCACCUCCCGGUCACCUCCUUCCUCGACCUUCGAGGCUGCCUUCGUAAUUCUCUCGACGAGAGAGAGAAGAAGCUUCUGCGUCGUCUUCUCUCUCUGUGUCGCGUUUUUCUCUUGCUUCUUCCCGUCAUACACUUCUUUCCACCAGACAGCGGAAACCGUUAGGACCCUGUCUGUUGCUUUCCUGCCGAUUUUGUUUCCUUCAUCUCUCGAACGCGUUUGCCUCUCCCCUCAACUCCGUUUCCAGACCCUCUCUUCCUGUCUCUUCUCUCUCCUCCCUCACCGCCGAAUCUCAUCUCCGAGCUCAUUACCCUUCCAAAUACAGAACCAUAUCGAGUCGCGGACAGGCUUCGCAGAGACGCCGGGGUGCGCGCUCUCUCCUGCCCCUUCGGGUACUCUCAAGAGACUCCGUCGCGCGAAUUAGCCUGCCGAGUUCCGAUUUCGUCUCGCUUCUUCGGUGAACCAUGGAGAUCUACGGAGGCGGUGCGCGGCCUCGGCCGUCCGCGUCUUCCGCCCUCUCGUCCUCCGACUUUCACGAGCGCCCCGUGCUUCCAGACGCCCUGGGAGAGAGAAGCGCGGCGCUCUCUGCAUGCGCGCAGGGUGCCAGCCUUGUCUUCAGCAGGGGUCGUCUCCGACUGUGGCCUGCGUUCUUCAAGUCAUGCUGCCUGAAGGUGCCGCUCAAAGUCGUCGGGAGUAUGUACACCUGCUGCCUGGUUGCGGGAUGCGUCAUCGGCGCGCGGCUUCAGCUCCUUGGACCCAGUGACGCAGUCUGGCCGGCCGUCUUGUCUCUCCUUUCCUUCCUCCUCGCCGUCUGCGCGCGCUCCCUUCUUCUCGCGCCGCCGAGCGAGGCUGUCAAAGCUGCGUCCGAAGGCUCACUGCUCGGCCCUCUCUCUUCCCCGCGCUUCCUGCUGUGCCUCCUCGUCGCCGGCUUCCUCCACCUAGGCGCGGCUUCCUUCGCUCUCUCGCCUCUCCGCGAAGCCCUGCAAGAAGAGUCCCGCACGCUCCUGCAUGCAUUUCUCGUCCUCUUUGCUUGCGCCACGGUAUUUCUCCAUCUGUAUCGUCACGUUGCGCAAAGUCGAUAUCAGCUGCUGCUGUGUCCCUCCAAGCCGGGGCCUGCGCCGAUUCUUCUUGUGCCUUGCGCGCGUCUGGCUUGCGUGGAGACGCUCGCGGGUUUCCUCUUGGCUGUUCCUCUGUUUCUGUUGCUUCUGCCAGUCUUCCUGGUCUUCAGUUCCUUCCCUACGAAGGCGCGCUUCUCGGCUCCGGAGAGCCUCGCGAGUGCGCCGCUCGACGACGCCUCAGUCUCCACGUUUUCGGUUUCUUCUGCGCUCUCGCGGCCUCUCUCUUUCCUCGUCUCUCUCGUGUUUUCGCUCUCCCCGCGCCCGGGGUUCGCCCUAGACGGCAUCUGCGACUGGAGCAUCGCCAUCCUCGUCGCUUCUCUCGUCUUCUUUCUUCUUCUCCUUCUCUUCAACGUCCACGGAGAGCUGCAGCAGCAAGCGCGGGCGUCAGACUGCCUCUCCGUCGCCUCCUUCAUCGGCCGUCUCUCCUGUCCGUCUUCUCUCGUCUCGCGCUCCUGUUGCGCGUCGUCCUCUGUUCAAAACUCUUCCUUCUCUUCUUGCUUUCCUCCCUUCUCUUCCUCUGCGUCGGCCUCCUCUGGAACUCCAGCUGCACGCGACUGCGCGCCUCUCUCCGACUCUGCGGCGCAGCUCCUCGGCUUCUCGCCGCCACAUGCCGGGACUGGGUUCGACGGCCAGUGUCUCCUUCUUCACUGGCUGUACGACUGCGUGGAGGCGCUUCAGAGCUCCGUCGCUGCGGACGUACCUUCCGCGUUGCCGCCCUAUGUGCCUGUUAGGCCUCGCGCGAGUCUUCUCUCGUGUGCGCCCGCUGGGUCUGCGCUCUGGGGUCUCUGCCCCGUCUGCGAGCGCGGCGACCUCGCUGGAGCCCCAGGCGCCGCCGCGACCGCGUUGGGCUCCACGGGACCGUGGGGCGCGGAGACGGGGGGCUGCCUCGGCGGCGCCUGGCAGCUCUUGGCUCUGCUGCAAGACCCCCACUCGACUGCUCAGCGCGAGAACUGCCCGCUGGUGCCGGCCCUCGCCGAGUUCUUCGCGGAGACCUCAGACGACUUCCCUCUGCUUCCACCCCACCCGCAGGCCUCGCUGAUUCGCCCCUGCGAUGCAUGCAGAACGGGCGCAGGGGCAGCCAAGUGGGAAGAGGCGCGACGGAGCGCGAAGAAAACGGCCGCGAGCGAAGAAGGCGAAGAACUCUUCCUUUUUUCCAAACGCGAAGCCGCCACUCUUGCGGCGCAGCAAAUGCUCGAAACCGGAAUCUUCGGGACGCCCAGUCUGCUCUUUUCGUUGUACGGAAACCUGGUGAGAGGUUCGGCGGUGUACUUUCUCCGUCUGCUGCACGACAUGCAGCAGUUGUGUGUGGCGGCCUCUCGCGAGCGGCGCGGCCUCGCGGGCUCGCCUUUCUUGUCUGCCUGUGGCGCCGCGGUUGUCGCUUCCUUCAAGAAACCGCGCGAUGCCUCUCCUCUCUGGACCAAGGUCGAGCCAUUUCUCCCGCCUCUCGUCUUCGCCUUCCUCAAGCGUCGCCUAGGCGCCUCAGCUGUUUCUGCGGAGCCGGAAGGGCAUGAACUUGCCCGAGACGCAUGCGGGGAAAAACAGCUUGCAAGAGAGCGCCGAGCGGCAGCUGGCGACGGCGCGGUGGCGCGGGGCAUGGCGGCCGUCCUGAGCCUUCUCGCCUCGAUCUGGAACCGGCGAAAAAGCCUCACGAGCGAGCCGGGACCCACAGGGCGCUCUUCAGUCUUCAACUCCGAGGAAACUGCCGCAGACGCCAGAGACGUCUGGAGAAAGGCGCAAGUCGAGUGCUCCGUCUUGAUCAAUUUUUUCGCAUGCGCCGUCGAAGGCUUUGCCCUUUGGCUUUGCACCGUAGCCGCCGUCACCCGUCGGAUCGAGCAAAGCCGCGAAGGACAUUCAGGGCAAGAAAUGGCUACUGGCGCCUCCCACCCGCAUGUCAGCGUCGCCGCCCGCGACGCCGCCGCCGGUCUUGUUCUCAACUCUCUGGAGGUGCUUCAUCAGCAGCAGCUGCUGCGGCGCUUUGCAGCUUCCGCUCGCGGCGCGAGCCCUGCGACCUCGGCCCUCUCUCCAGAGCUCUCCGCCGCGAUGGACGAACUCGAUAGACGAGUGCGCCAGGCAAUGCUGCGCAUGCGCGACCACGAGGCUCUGCGGCUCCAAGCUCUCGCGGCAGGUCUCGGCCCUGCAGCUUCUCUCUCGCCUCUCACGCAGACGGAGCUGCGGAAACUGCUUUCGCAGUGAAAGACAUUCCGAAAGAGGAGUUCAAGCCGCAGCCGUCCCCCGUGAAGGUUGCCAGAAGCGUUCAAAUGUAUGCAUAUACACAUGCAAUAUGCACGCAUGCAGUUGUGUGUACGCGCAAGUGUGUGUAUAUAGUUCCAGUUGCAUUAGCUCUUGAGAUGUCUGAGUCUCUGGAGUCCAGAGUGAGGAAGCCAGGAGGCGAUAUGCUUCGAGAGAAGAGCGUGGCUGCGAAGAGUGAAAAAAAAGGAAUCGAGCAGUCCUCCUCCUUUUGUUUUUUUAUCCUCUUUUUCUCCUCUCAGCAGGUGCGUUGUCUUGUGUUUAUCGUUCAU